GGAGCAUUGUUACCUCAACUCACUGAAGUGAAACUGAAGUGGACAGACUUACAGUAUUGCAGCACUGAACAGACGCACAUAUCAAGAAUCUGUUUCUAAAAGUAUGCACCAGUUAGACAGAACAUCAAGACUAAUACACACAGUGUAGAAAUGGUUGUUUCCUGUGUUCUAUCUGUCUGGAUGUGUUCUCUGAUUCUGUCUCUAUUCCAUGUGGACACAACUUCUGCAAGGCCUGUAUCACCAAGUACUGGGACAACAGUGACCUGUGUCAAUGUCCCAUGUGCAAGGAGAAGUUCUUUAGGAGACCUGAGCUUCAUGUCAACACUUUCAUCUCUGAGAUGGCUGCUCAGUUCAGGAAGUCAGUGAAAGAUAAACCCAACAGCCAAUACCUACGACCAGCCAGAUCUGGAGAAGUGUCAUGUGACAUCUGUACAGGUACCAAGCUCAAGGCCCUAAAGUCCUGUCUAGUGUGUCUGGCCUCUUACUGUGAGACUCACCUGGAGCCUCAUCAGAGAGUUGCAGCCUUGAAGAAACACAAGCUGAUGGACCCUGUGGAGAACCUGGAGGACAGGAUGUGUCAAAAGCAUGAGAGACCCCUGGAGCUGUUCUGUAGGACUGACCAGACGUGGAUUUGUGUCAUGUGCACGAGAACAGACCAUAAGACCCAUGACAUUGUCACUUUAAAGGACAAGUACAGACCAAAAAAGAAUGAUCUGUGGAAGAUGAUGGCUCAGAUGAACCAGAUGAUGGAAGAAAGAUCUAAGAAAUUUCAGGAGAUCAAACUCUCAGUAGAGACCAGCAAGAGAGAUGCAGAGAGAGAGAUAUCAGACAGUGUUCAUGUCUUCACAGCUCUGGUGCACUCCAUUGAGAGAAGCCAGGCUGAGCUCAUUGAGGUGAUGGAGGAGAAGCAGAAAGCAGCAGAGAAACAGGCUGAAGGGUUGAUUCAAGAUCUGGAGCAGGAGAUCACUGAGCUGAAGAGGAGAAGCUCUGAGCUGGAGCAGCUCUCACACACUGAGGACCACCUCCACCUGCUGCAGAGCUUCCCAUCCCUGAGCACCCCUCCACACACCAAGGACUGGUCUGAGAUCAGUGUCCACAGUGGUCUGAGUGUGGGGGCAGUGAGGAGAGCUGUGUCUCAGCUGCAGGAGACACUCAAUAAAGAGAUGGAGAAGCUGUCUGACACUGAACUGAAGAGGAUUCAGCAGUAUGCAGUGGAUGUGACUCUGGACCCUGAUACAGCACAUCCCAAACUCAUCCUGUCUGAGAAUGGGAAACAAGUGAGGUGUGAAGACAUAGAGCAGGAUCUCCCUGACAACCCAGAGAGGUUUGAUUGUUGUCCCUGUGUCCUGGGAAAGCAGGGCUUCUCCUCAGGGAGGUUCUACUAUGAGGUGCAGGUUGAGGGGAAGACUGAGUGGGAUCUGGGAGUGGCCAGAGAGUCCAUCAACAGAAAGGGGCUGAUAACACAGAGUCCUAACAAUGGAUAUUGGACUGUAUGUCUGAGGAGUGGAGAUGAGUACAAGGCUCUGGAUGUCCCCCGUGUCCUCCUCUCCCUGAGACAGAUGCCCCAGAAGGUGGGGGUGUUUGUGGACUAUGAGGAGGGUCUGGUCUCCUUUUAUGAUGUGGAGGCCAGGUCUCAUAUCUACUCUUUCACUUGCUGCACCUUCACUGAGAAACUUUAUCCACUCUUUAGUCCUGGUCUGAAUCAUGGAGGUGACAACGUUGCCCCUCUAAUCAUUACUCCUGUCAAGGGGCGGAUCUAAAGAUUUUCGUUCGGGGUGGCAAUGGGGUGGCAGAAGGAAGUUGUUGGAUAGCCUCCUGGAGGCGAAUCAAAACCCAAAGUUGGGGGGUACAGUACACCCUAUGGUAAAUGAUUAGGCUAUGACAUUGUAGUUUAAAUUAAACAGUAACAUUGAUAUCAUGU